UUCGUAGCAAGUCGUUUAAAAACAAUCUGAUCGCCUUUGUUUUUUUGAAUCAUCUUCUUUUUGGUGCAUAUCGCGGGCUACUGACCUUUUUGUGUGGUUUGACCUUUUGAUUCCACUACCUGCAAAAGGGUCCACUCCCCACUUUUUGAAAAUGGCCAAAGUACCUCGUAAUUUUCGGCUCCUCGAGGAGUUGGAAAAGGGUGAAAAGGGUAUUGGUGACGGAACGAUCAGUUAUGGUCUCGCUGAUGGAGAGGAUACUAUGAUGUCAAACUGGAAUGGGACAAUCAUUGGGCCUGGGCAUACGGUACACGAGAACCGCAUCUACAGUCUUAGGAUCUUCUGCGGUCCCGAAUACCCUGACCGUCCCCCCACCGUUUCGUUUGUUUCCCGUAUCAAUCUGCCGUGGGUCAACCAGCAAAAUGGCAAGGUCGAGCGAUUGGGGUGUUUAGAUAGCUGGAAGAGGCAUUAUACAAUAGAAACUGUGCUCGCCGAGUUGCGACGCGAGAUGGCGAAUCCUGCGCACAAGAAGCUGUCGCAGCCUCCCGAAGGAUCUACUUUUUAAGAUGACUCUAAACUUUUGCAUGGGAUCAGUUACGAUACUUUGAACGAUCUGAUAUGGACGCUGCAGAACGUGGAUGGAACGUGUGUGUGGAGAAUGACCAAAUAGCCCAAAGACUGCCAACGACUCGACGGAAGGCAGACGUUGCGUUAGACUCGAAGAGUGCUGCGCUUCACGUGAUAUGUUACUAUGGCAAUAGAAAUGCUGAUGUCAGCCAUCACUGUAAAAGUCGCCAAAGC